UACUAGUGGUAAGUAAGCACCUAUAUAUCCUAAUAAGUGCUAUCCUAAAAGUGUUGCAUCGCUGUUGAAUUGAUUGCAGCCUAAUCCCAGAUUUUUAAUUCUUGUCUUCUCCGAUAAAACUUCUAAUCGAGUCGUUGAAUGUUAGCUGAACAGUGCAUUCCCGCCGAGCACGGUGGCGUCAGAGCGCGGCAACAGCGUCUGUUUUCUUUCUUGCAAAGCUGCAAAACCAUCAAACAGCUGACCCAAAUCCACGCUCAGAUCAUCACCAACGGGCUCGCCCAGAAAAACUUCAUUCUUGGAAAGCUGCUAUCGAUCUACAUAAUCUACAAUAGACUGGCAUAUGCCACCAAAGUUUUUGAAUUUGUCCGAAACCCGAGUACUAUUCUCUGGAAUCAAAUCAUCAGAGGUCAUGCCAAUGGUGAACAACCGCGGCUGUCUGUUCUGCAUUUUCAGAAAAUGGGAAAAUCCUUAGCCGUACCUGACGGGUAUACAUACUCGUAUGUGGUUAAUGGUUGUGCAAAAGGGGUGCUUCUGAGUGAAGGCGAGCAGGUUCACGGGAAGAUCAUGAGAAACGGGUAUUUCUCAGAUGUGUUUGUUCAGACUAAUCUGGUGAAUUUUUAUUCAGUCAAUGGAAUUGGUAGUGCGGAGAAGGUGUUUGAUGAAAUGACUGACAGAACCGUGGUGGCGUGGAAUUCAUUGAUCUCUGGGCAUUUUAGGUGUGGAAAUGUUGAUGAAGCCCGCAGAAUUUUCCAUGGGAUGCCAGAGAGGAAUGUUGUUUCCUGGACCGCCAUGAUUGCAGGAUGUGCACAGAAUGAGAGAUGCAAAGAAGCAUUGUCUUUCUUCCAUGAAAUGCGGAGGAACGGCGUGGAAUUCGACCAGGUAACACUGGUAUCAGUGCUCUCCACUUGUGCAGAAAUGGCUUUUCUGGAUCUGGGCAGAUGGAUACAUUCAUAUGUUCUUGAAGCUUCUUCUUCCAGUGCAGAAAAGGGACCAGUGCUGGUGUCACUCAACAAUGCACUCAUACAUAUGUACUCUAGCUGUGGCGAAAUUAAGGAUGCUUUUAAGGUAUUCAAGGACAUGCCAAUCAGAACCACAGUUUCUUGGACAAGUAUGAUCACAGGUUUUGCCAAACAAGGGUAUGCAGAAGAGGCCCUUACACUAUUCAAGAAAAUGAGGAACGGUGAACUUAAGCCAGACGAAAUCACACUAUUGGGUGUACUAUGUGCGUGUAGCCAUGCCGGUUACAUCAACGAGGGGCGUUUUUACUUCAAAACCAUGACAGAAUCAUGGGGUGUGGAGCCAAGGAUACAGCACUACGGCUGCAUGGUCGAUCUCCUCAGUCGAGCUGGACUAUUCGACGAGGCAGAAACCCUGGUCGAGAACAUGCCUAUGCAGCCAAACAAUGCUGUCUGGGGUGCCCUUCUUGGGGGCUGCAGGAUCCACAAAAAUGCAGAGCUUGCCUCUGACAUUGCACGAAAAUUUGUCAUCGAACUCGAACCCGAAAGAUCUGUUGGCUACUUUGUGCUCCUGGCAAAUGUGUAUGCUUCUGAGAAGAGAUGGCAAUCUGUGGCUAGUGUGAGACAAAAGAUGUUUGAGAUGAGAGCAAGGAAGCCUCCAGGCCAAAGUUGUAUCCAAAUUGAUGGUGUCAGCCAUGGUUUUCUGGCUGGUGACACAACUCACAAGCAUGCACAUUUGAUAUAUGAGAUGCUUGAUGGGAUCACUGGGCAAGCUAAGUUACAAGUUGAUGGAGUUUGCCCAUAAAGAUUGGGUAUGAACAUUUAGAGCCGUCAAAAUGGGCCAGCACGACCCAUAUGGGCUGGUCCGUCUCGGGUUCAACUGGAAAAUGAACUAUUUGUUUAUUAUUAUAAUGUAUGUAUUAAAGACAAUAUUCUCAUAUAUUAAUUAUCCGCUUCUGUCUUUAUACUUUAUCAAUUUCUCGAUAGGUAGACUCUUAGUUAAUUUCGUGUAUAUUCUUAUAGACUUUGAAUUUGGGACCUCUAUGCAUUUAUAAAGAAGUAAUUUGGGACC